CCUAUCACCCAGAAAAAAGUUAUUAAAGCUAAGAAAAUAAAGGAAGUGAAGACUCAAGAUGUGCCUUUACUUCCUGAGAAGGGCACGAAGGGUAAAGGGAGGUCCAAGGUUGCUCCUCUACCAGACAUAAUCAAAAAGAAAGUUGUUCCGGAGGUUAAGAAGCGUCCUCGGAAAAAUCCGCUUAUCCAAAAAAGGCCAAAGAAUUUUGGAAUCGGACAGGCCAUACAACCGCGUCGAAAUGUGUAUCGAUUCGUUAAGUGGCCCAAGUAUAUAGAGUUGCAGAGGAAAAAGGCUAUCUUGAAGAAACGUUUGAAGAUUCCCCCACCAAUCAAUCAGUUUUCGCAGGCUCUUGACCGUGCGACAUGUAAGAUAGUUUUUAACCUCUGCAGUAAAUACAGGCCACUUACCAAACAGGCUAAGAAGGCUCUACUCACGCAUCGUGCUCAAAAGCGUGCCGGUGGUGGUGCUGAUGUUCCCCAGGAGAAGCGGCCCUAUUUUAGAUCUGGUGUGCGUGAAGUUACUGCGUCGAUCAUGAGCAAGAAGGCUCAGCUGGUUCUCAUCGCCCAUGAUGUUGACCCGAUUGAGAUUGUUCUCUUCCUGCCUGCUCUAUGUCGCAAAAUGGGUGUUCCUUAUGCCAUUGUCAGGGGCAAGGCCCGACUUGGCCAACUUGUGCGCAGGAAGACAUGUACCUGUCUUGCCUUCACCACAGUAAAGGCUGAGGACAAGCCGCGUCUCGCUAAGAUCAUUCAGACCGUGAAGACGAACUUUAACGAUCGUUACGACGAGAUACGUAAACACUGGGGCGGUGGAAUCAUGGGGUCGAAGUCACUUGCCCGUGUUUCUAAAUUGGAGCGAGCGAAAGAGAAGGAGCUUAAAUUGAAGAUGGUCUGA